AAUAGAAUGUUUCCUAUGGUCAUCUUUAGGAAUAUGAACAUUGAGGGUCAUUUUCUGGUGGCGACGACAUCAUCCCAGAAACACAGCUCCCCACCUCCUCCCAACUUCAUGCUUUCCGUAGAAAGCUGAGGCUUGGCACUAGGUUGGCUUGAAUGUUGGGCAGAAAGCUGUGUGGGGAAGGAGCAAAAAGUUUGCUGCGUGUGUCACGCUUCCUUCUUUUCCCAAGCUUGACCACUCCUCAUAAUCUUGCACCCAGGCUUUGCUUUUUGAUGGCAGAAGCGCCAAAGGAUCAUUCCAAUCCAGUGCUUUCUGAUCACCAUAUCUUGUUCUUCCUCUAUCAAAAUGGCCAUGAACCGCGGAGGAUCUUCCAAAACCCUUGCCAUCGUUGAAGCCAAGGUGGUUCAUAAUUAUAAUGACUAUGCAUGCAAGGAGAUCAGAGAAUCUAUGGAGAAUGACAAUCCAGUCCAUGCGCCUGGACCCGGUGGGGAUCCACCCUUCCCAGUCAAGCUUCAUCACGCACUCAUGGAGCUUAAAAUGGACGGCAAGGAGAGCAUUGUGGGGUGGCAACCUCAUGGAAGGUGUUUCAUUGUCCGAAACCCAAAGCUAUUUGCAGAACAGGUUCUGCCCCUGUAUUUCCGCCAAACCAAGUUCCAAUCCUUUCAACGUCAACUAAACUUGUAUGGAUUCAAGCGUUUGACUCAGGGACCCGACAAGGGAGGAUACUACCAUGAACUCUUCCUUCGAGGCAUGUCAAAACUCGCGGCUCGCAUCAUUCGUACGACUAUCAAGAACAAGGGACCGAGAAAGGCUGCAUCCCCGAAGACAGAACCAAAUCUGUACUCCUAUCCCACCCUCCCCGGCAUUUCCAAUGGCCUCGCGGAGCAAACCCAUCAGGAUCUCCAAACUCCGGUGGUGUGCAAGGCAGUGAAGGAGCCAACCCCAGUUGCCACUCUUGUUUCUCCAGGAACCCCAUUCACCAAGACCGCUUCACUGCCUCGAGCAUUGGCCUUAAGUGGACUACCUGUUGGGCCAACCAUAGGCCGCGCGGUGGUGUCACCAAGGGAGGCGUCUUUGUGUCUUCCUAACACCAGCCGACUAAGCCUGUCAGGAACUGCAUCCGCUGUCUCCCUCCGAGAAAUGUCUAGUCUGAUUGCUCACAGUGAACUCGCAAGGCUCAUUCAGCUGCCCCAGCUACCCCCGAGACCCUCGGGGAACUUUCAAGUGGCCACCGCGACAUCACUUCUUGGUGCCUCAGCAGCUACCAUUUGUCCAACAGUUGCAUCGGCUGUCUUGGGUUUGAGCAAUCCAUGGUUCUUGACAGACAAGAACUCAGCUCAAUCAUCUAGGCUUGCCUAGAUUGGGAAGGCUUCUUCAUAUCAAUUUGAGCGACCCCCCGUGGUCGACACAGUACUCUGCUUCAUAGCUAGCUAGCUAUCCUUUAGGAAUUAGAUUAAUGCAUCCAGUAAACACGAGCAAUGUUAUGGGAACUGCCAGUGUGUGGACCGAAGCCACUCCCCUGUAAGCCGCAACCCAGGGUUGUGCCUACUAAAUAAGCCAACUUCAUUCUGUGGCAACGUGGAUUGGGAAAAGACCGGCAACAGGCCUCUGAUGGAGUUGGAUGAUUUGACUCUCACUCUUCAAUCGAUCUCUCGGUGCGAGGGGAGUUUGGGCCAAGGAGCAGGCUGUUCCAAACUCAAAACCCCCCUUUCAAUGCCACUUUGAGCACUUGAGGGUUUCGGAUGUGAUAGCAGUAGAGCUGGCUGACCGAUUCCAAACA